AARGGACAUCACGAAAUGAGUUAAUUACCUCAGAUGCAGAAGGCAGAGCCAGUGAAUGCACACACCAAACGAGUAAGCUCUGAUCUUGAGAGUGCCAUUCGCAGAAUCAUGUUUCGCCGACUACUUGCUUUUCGCGCACCGAAAAUUGAUAAGAACGAGGAAGUAAAAACUGAUCCAAUUGAAGAGAAAAACCACAUAAACAACAGCAACAACAAUGAAMAAGAAGUUAUAAAACAGGACAAAGUUUCAUUUGARGAAGUUGACAACAAACUUGUUAUCGAAGAGAUAGAGAAGCGAGAGGUGCUAUCCAACACAAACGAUGCCGAGCAGGGGCAGAAUGAAGUUGAGAACGAUGAAGAAAUAAAUGAAAAAGAAUCUGAAGAAAUUGAAAUCCAAAGCGAAGAAGAAAAUGAGAAAAAAGAUGAUGAAAAAGACAGUGUUGAGGAAUCAGAAAGCUCUACAGAAUCUUUCGUUGAAUCCGAAGAAGAAUCAAAGUYAGACAUUUGUAAAUCUGAAAGCUAUUCCGACGCCGAAGGAAAAGACAGCGGCAUCGAGAAAGGAGAAUCACCAACGCUUGAGAGCAAAGAUAGCACCGACGACGAKGAAGACGAAGAGGAAGGCUUAACCGAACAAGAACCUAAUACAGAAAACAUUGUCACAGGCUCAAGUACAAACAUCCCUGACUUGAGAACGUCAAGCUUUGUUGGAACAGCRACACUAAACGUGUUAAGUCCAUCCACUGCAAAGACAAAACGACUUGUAAAAAGAGCCAARUCAGCRCGAAGAUCUCGCAAGGAUAUUGACCUGGAUUCUGAGGUUUCGUGUGAUUGCAGCUCGCCUGAGAAGCCUUCSAAGAGGAAGAACAUGACAAUUAGCUACCUGAGCUAUCCACAGCGCUAUGUCAGGAGUUCACUGGCUGUCGAGGCAAGGCUGUCCCAGUGGCGCAAGGAAACUUCUGUUCUAGAGAAUGCGCGAGCAGCACGUGGCGACACGCCCACUAGGAGUGGUAUUUUGAAGCAAACACAACAAAAUACCACUAAGAAUUCUACUCUGAAAG